UAUCGACGGCGCAUUCGUUUUCGACAGAAAAAACUUGCGGAAACGUGCAAAGCAGACGCAGAAAAUCUCCCUGGAUCCGAUUUUAAGCGAGCUGGAAAUGACCUAGGAUCCUGAAUCUUGUAAACCUUAAGUCUAUAAUCUAUUCCGGUGGAAAAUCCACCGCCUGAACUAUGAGGCGAUUGGGUUUCGAACCGCAGAAGGAAAUCUGUUACAAUCGACUUUUGCCAUAUGAGCAAGAGCUAGAUGAGGAAUCCAACAGGUUUCUGGCGGAGAUAAAGUUCAAUCUUGGUCGGGCCGUGGUACUGAGAGAGGCCAGUCCUGGCGCCUUAUACUGGAGCAAUCGUCUCGCAAGCUAUAUCAAGCUCUAUGGAAGGAAAUUCUCCAAGGAAGACCACAUAAGAUUUGUAAAGCUCUUUUUUGGGCUUACAACCAUCCCAGAUUUGGAUGCUCAAUAUGUGGUUGGGUUUGGUCAUGUCCUUGUUCAGCUUUUGAAAAAAAGAGAGUUGAUUUCCAGGGAUGACCUUAUCCUCCCUUGGCGGCCCCUCUACUUAGCUGUUGAGUUUGCUCUGUACUCUAAAUAUGAAUCAGUGGGUCUGAAAAAACAUUCUCUGAAACUAGAAGAAGUUCUUAAAGGUGUUGUUCGUGUUUCAAGAGUGUAUUUUUCAGUCGAAUCAACUCAAGAGAUGUUGGAUGAGUGGAGGCCAUUACUAUGUCCAUAUGACGUAACAUUCAGUAAAGCCAUGUUCUACUUGUCACUAUUUCUGCCGACAACAUUACCAAUCGUCCAUCAUGACAAAGGGUUCAAACUUUGGCUUGAAGAAUUCUUGGGGAUUUGGCAGGUUUGCACCAACUCAUGCAAGUGGGAAGAGGACUGCCUGAAGCUUUUCAGCAGACUUGCAAGUGACACUAUUGGUUGUAUAGACUGGAGUCCAUAUAUACCAACUAUCUUCACACGCCUCAUGAGGACAUUCAACCUACCCAUUGGCAAUAACCGUGCAGGCUGUUUUGCUUCAUCCUGUGACUAUGGAUCUGUGCUUCGUUCAUUUGUAGUUUGGAUUGUCAGCACUUUGGGAGGAGAAAGUACUACACAAGAACACAUUACUAAGAUGUUCCAGGCUUUGGAGUCCUUCUACCAUCCAUCUAACCUCGGCAGAUAUACCGGAAAGCUACAGAAGCUUCUUUUCAAGCUCCCAAGUGAAGUAAUUAAACGCUUGCACAAGGAGAAGUUCCAAAAAGCCUCCUGGGUAUUACCAACUCCUGAAGAUUUUAAACUCAAAGACACUGACAUCACUGCAUUUGUUGAAAGCUUGAAGCCCACUGUUAUGCUAGCCAUCUUCAACAAGUACGGAAGCUAUGAUGCUGCCAACGCCCUUCAGCAUCUGGCGAUGAUGAAGCCAGAGAUCGUCCUUCCAACCCUGCUAGAUAAGCUGUACGUCGCCCUGGAUACCCUUAUAGAGCCUCAUCAAUUGACAGCAACUUUAAACUGUGUCACGUCAGUCGCCCGAGCUCUUGUGAAGCCGAACGGCAGUUUUCCUGCCGGGAAAAGCCAUGUGCUACCUCUACUACAGCUUGUACUGCCUGGAAUUGACCCUAAUGAUUUUAGAAAGGCAAUGGCAACGUUCACUUUUAUUUCUACCAUCAUCUGUCUGGUACCUGUGGUCGACUGCUCUGAGGCUGUUGGGGCCGUGGAUAUGACAGAGGAGGAGAAAGAAUUGUGUCUUGCCACCAGCCAGUUUGAGGAUUUUGUUGUUCAGUUCAUGGAUAGAUGCUUUGUGAUGAUAGAAAACUCAUCUCUUGAGCUCAUCUCAGAGAUUGACAGCUCAUCAUUUAAGACUGACAACCGGCAAAGCCAGGAGGGUAUGAUGGGAAUGGGCGUGGCCUCGACGUUCCACACUAUCCUAAUGCAGAGCUCACCCAAGAUCUUUCAGGUUGCUCUCAACAAGCUUUUCAACUUCUGUGCUAAUAACGUGUUGGAGACUAAAGUUGCUGGCAAGAUUGCGGCGGACAUGUGCCGCGCGGCCGCUAAGACAUCCGCAAAAAUUACUCUGAAGAAGUUUCUUCCUCGCUGUUUUUCUGUCAUCGAAAGUACAACUUCUGCGGAUGGCGCUAGAAAUGACGAAGAAAUCGACGAUCAACUGCUCUGGAAUUUGCAAAUCUUGUCCGAGGUGGUGCGAUCGAAAGGUACAGAUAUCUUAGAGUAUCGACACGAGCUGGUCAGGGCUCUGAAGUCCACCAUUCACCUGAAGAACAAGGAAGGAGCUACCAUGGCUGCAAAGCUCCUGGAAAACCUCCUUCGGCCUUUGUCACAUAUUUAUCCUCUGGAGUGGAAGAGCGUACUGGAAGACUUCAGUAAGCCCGUCACUGAGCAUUUAUUCAUCAGAGACUGGGGCAAGUCCGGUGACCUUGACAACCUUGACAUCAAGUGGCACAUCCCGAUCGAGGAGGAGAAGCUCUUUGCUAAGGAACUACUAGAUACAUUCCUCCAGCCCGAGAUGGAGAGGGUCGAGCGCUUCAUGGCCGGAGACGAGACGCUGAGCCGCGAGCAGCUUCAGCAGAGUCUGCGUAUCAUUCAAAGCUGUCUGUCUGGUGCUGCCAUGCUGCUUCCAGACUGGGACAAGCCCCCGCUACCCAACCUGGGAUUGCAGACGAUGGUUGAUCGUGGACGGUUUCACAAUACCAUAGAUAUCGGACCAAAUGUGUCCAUGGGAGAGAAGAACUCCAGAGAAAAUAUAGCCGAACUAAUUCACAAGCUUCUAGAUCACCUGAUGCAGCAUCACGAAGAUGACACCAAAGCCCUGCAGAUAAUUGUGAAGAUUUAUGAGUCGUUAAUGCUUCAUCUUGGGGGCCAGAGGGAUGAGUUUGACUUGCGAUGGCGCAGUGCAGGAGCCGUUAAGAGGGCUAUGGAGGACAAGUUGACUGGGAAGAAGAAACACGUCCGUGCUCUACUGAUUGAACGAGUCCAGCUUCAACACGAGAUGCGAAUACUGGAUCGGGUUUCGUCGCAGCUGACUGCGCUACACAAGACACUGUUGGAAGAUCUCUUUAAGCUGUCAACUAGCGAGUACACAGAGGUUAGGAUCAAAGCCCAGAAGGUGAUGGGCAUGUGUAUUGACGUGUUUGACUACUUCGCCCGGACCAUGGUGCCCAGUAUCUUGGACAAACUCAGAGAUGACCCUGAAGUGUCCCACGAAGCAUUCAAGGGCUCGUUGCACAUUCUCCUCAACAACAGAAUGUUCUUCCUUGUCAUACAUUACUGGGAGGUGAUGGUUGACAUCUGGCCUGCGAUAAUACAGGCGGAUCACUCAGAAAAGCCGACCAUCACCACGCUGAUCAGCCUUUUGGGCGAGAGGAUGAUAAAGAAGUUCAACACCGUCGCUCUCUGUCGCAGCAUCUCAGACUCGGCAGCGUCCUGUGGUAUGGACAUUCUACAGUCUGACACGCCUAGACCUCAACCUGUCCGCAAACGCGCACUCGAGGCACCUGUUUCUCCUCUCCCCAGCAAAGAGGAGUUGCAGCAGGCAGACAAGAUGGCGAAAGAGUACUCGGAAAGGAAUUUGAGCAACUACACGAAGUUAGUAGAGAAACUUACGGAUCUCUUGGAAAGUGAGAAUCUGCGCUGGCGGUACCAUCAGCUCUGCUUUAGUUUUUUGCGUUCGCUGAUUCGAUGGGACCAUCCAAUGCCUGUCAGAGCGGUGCGAGUCAUAACUCGUUCACUGAUCCAUGACUCGCUCUCAAUACGUAAGGUCGCUAUUAGUGCAGUAGGGGCACUUCUCAAGCAGCAGAAACGACCCCACCUGAAGGUUCCCGUCAACCCAUACGCAGUAGCCAAUGUACCUGAACCAACAACUACCUUAGUACAGCCCGGAGAUCGUCCAGAUAAUCUUUGGCUGCAGUACUCGUCAGAGCAAAUACCGAGCACGCAAGAGCUGUGGGACCAAUGCACAUUCAUCGAUAAGACCCACUGGGGAUACUACACUUGGCCCAAGGUCCUGAAGACGUAUGCACCUCACGACAAGCAACCACCUCUCAGCAGAUCACGUGAACAACUAAGUGAGGGUGAACAAGCAAUUUAUGAUUGCUUUAUUCAGCGUGAUUUCGUCGACAAACUGGUGGACUUUCUCUCUUUAGAAGAGAGAAAGGGAAAGGACAAGUUUAGUGUCAAUCGCUUUCUUUUGUUCAAGGGCUUAUUCCGCAACUUCGACGACACCUUCCUUGAAACAUUCAAGCCCCAUUUGGAGCGAUUAUGUGUGGAUUCCCAGGAAAGCACUCAACGAUGUGGUGUUGAAAUCAUAGCUGCAUUGAUCCGAGGUUCGAAACACUGGACUUUUGAAAAGACACAACGGAUGUGGAAGUUUCUUGUUCCUCUUCUGCGUAAAGCGAUUCCCUCCAUCACGGUCGAGACGCUUGAAGAUUGGGGCACGUUCAUGGCUACAGCUGUGGAAAGUCGUGACCCCCAUCGUAUUCACUGGCUCCUGCAGAUGAUGCUCGAUGACCCCAUCGGAAACGACGGCACUUCAUUUGCCGACUCCACGCGACUGUACCUCAUCCAGGGUGCGCUCUGCCAGCAAGAAUGGCGUGUCGCCGAACUUCUCCACAAGCUGCUCAUGCGCAUUGAGCCCCGUCUUGGUCACACAUACAAGAAUGUUCGUGACCGGUCUGGAAGUGUUCUUUGCAGUAUCUUGAUGUACGAUAUAAGCUUACCUCGCUCUCUGCCGACGCGCUCGCCGAGGCGUCAUGACUUCGUCGAUAUGAUGAAACCCAAACUACGAUGUCUGCAAGAUAUGGCCACCACAUCCGUCGGUACAGCGGGCGUAGAUAUGGCUAAAGUGACGGACGGAUCCCCAGAGAGUGAGGGAGUCUGUCUUCUUAAAACAAUUACCAAUUGGCUGCUUUCUCAUGCAAUCCGUUCGCUGAACAGUUGCCCUCGGGAAUUCUUCGACAUCCUUCCCAUUAUAACUUUAUUCGACUCCCAAGAGGAAAACCCUGAGUUGCAGCACUAUUGUCAACGGACUAUCAGCUACAUGUCUCAGCUGGAGCUUCCCCAGGACUUGCUGCCGCUUGCCUUUGAAACCGUCAGGAAGAUUGCUGCGCAAAGUCUGUGGUAUGCGAAGAAGAGCAUUGUGUCGUAUUUACAGGUUAUGGUAUUUGCCAACCUGUUUACAAUCACACGAAGCCCAGACUACAUCCGUCAAGUUCAUGACCUGGUGCUCGACAUGUUGGAAGAUGAGUGCCUUGAGGUUCGAGUUGUUGCGGCCGACACGUUCAGUGGCUUGUUACAUUAUGGAAUCUUUACUCUUGAGAAGUCUGUUAAGGAGAAGUUUCGUAAACUAGCGAAUACCAAGCUGCCCAGGAAACGCAAAGUCGGUGACACCAGUGAGACUGUGGCAAGUGACAAGGCGCUACUGAAGCGACACACUGGUGUGCUGGGAUUGGCCUGCUGUGUCAAGGCUUUUCCUUAUGACGUCCCACCCUGGCUGCCCGAGAUGCUUAUGGAACUUGGAAAUCAUCUUCACGAUCCCAACCCAAUACAGGCUACAGUGAAGAGCGCGUUGUCGGACUUCAGGCGUACCCAUCACGAUAACUGGCAGGAACACAAGCAAAUGUUUACCGACGAUCAACUGCUCGUGCUGACCGACCUUCUCAUCUCGCCUUGCUACUACGCAUGAGCCAGCAACAGGUCUCCGUGUGAUAGCCUGAUGACCAUUCACGAUCGACUGUUUGUGCUGCUCAAAACGCAGUCACACCCCACAAGGACGUGUUGAUCUCUUGACAUGCGACCAUCCUUGUGUGAUGGUGUGAUUAUCAAAUACUUAGAUGGUGUACUACUUUUGAUGAGAGAUUGCUUAGCCUGCGAUGAAAUCACCCAAGCGCGUGAUGAACCCGUAGUAUGCAACAAUUGUGUGAUGACCUUGCCAUGGAUCAUCUACCCGAAUCUCCCUCUAAGUGAUUAUCAUGUGCAGACGGUAAGGCGUGCCAAUACUGCUGUGCCCGCCCUUUUACUAAAGAAACACGUGAUUCCCACGUGGAAUAGAGAUAGUUGUCGUCUGCCAGGGCGUGCUUGAUGCGUGCACAGACACCUGGGUCGGCACCAUGAAUCGUCAAGAAUGUGAAUUCCCUUAUGUUUAUAUUAGGUAGAAUGAACAGCUAUUUGUGAAGUUUUUGAUUUCCUUCUCUAUGUGUACUAUAUAUGAAUGAUGGCUUUUUAAGAAAAAAACAAGAGAAAAAGGUCCAAAAACGUCUGAUAGACAUAAUAACGGUGGGUUGACAGUUUCAAAUGUACUUGAAUGUCAUCACCAUGGAAACCCUGCCAUUGCCGUGCAUAUGCUUUAAAGGACAAUAUGUGUUAUAUUUUUUUUUAAUUAGAUGUUAUGCGAAUACCUUCGCACGCUCAUUCACAAACAUAUGUUCUUGGAUCGACAAAUGUUAGGCAGAUCAGUGGUAGUGACGUCGAGGUAUAUUGGCUUAUUAGGAGGUAGAUUGGUAUACUAGUUCUCUCUCAAGCCGGGACGGGUAUGCAAUGUAAAGAAAUCGACAAAGCUAAAUAUAUAGUGAGUUAUUAUUCUUUUCCCUUGAAUUAUCAAUAAAUAGAUAUCAUACA